GUCUGGGUCUGGAAAGUUUGGAACUUGUGAUGCAAACUCUGGAACACACAAAAAUUUGUGUUGCAUGGGCGCCAAAAGCUGUCCACUUCUUGGCACGCAAGUAGGAAGUUUCUCAUGCGGGACAGGCAUCAUGACGCUUGCUCAAAACCUGUGAUGCUUUUGCCUGCACCAGACGCCAUUUGCGUGAUCCGAAACAUGCAUGACAAAGCGCCGAUGUCUUCUGGGAGCACCGGCGCGUCAGUUAUCUCAGCUUCCAGUUGUCGUGGGGGAGUCGAGGUCGACACGCCCCGAGUAUCAAAUGCAAAUAUGUCUGGGUCUGGAAACUUGUGAUGCUGGGUGGCGUAUCACGAAGAGGCCACAAGUGCUGGCUCAGCAUGGCAAUUUUCUGAGCUUCUAGGUGUUGCCUAUUCUGCAUGACAAACUGCGUUUCUGCAUGACAGAAAAGUGGGGCUCUUAGGAAAUGUGCAUGACAACUUUCAGAGUCAUGUGAGACAAGCAUGACAAAGUUGCACACUUCCAGACCCAGACACUUUUGCACUUGAUACCGCGGUAGCGAGAACAACACCGGGAGUGCCGUUGGCGCCGGGGGUGGAGGGGGUUCCAGCACGGGAACAACCUCAGCGAGGGCGAUGAAAAGGGAAAGGAGCAAGGAGCCAGUCGGAGGUGCGACUUCUGGGGUGCAACAGGUGAAAACUUUGGAUACAAUCAUGUCUGCGGGUGCGGAUUCGGUAGAACAGUUGCAGAUGAUCCAAGCAAUGGAUGUGGCGAUGGCGGAGUAUGCGAAGCAGGGCGACGGCGAUUUGGAUAAUUUCCGAGACCAAAUGGACGACGGUGCUGGAGCAGAAAAAGAACGAGCUCAGUAUCAACAACUACAGCAAGGACGAUCGGCAUCCCCAACGCUGGCAUCGCAGCAGCUGCAGACCCAAAUUCAAACUGGUCCUACUUCUUCGCAAGUAGAACAUUUUUCCGCCGUGCAGCGCGACCCCCGGUUUUUCACCGCGGAUGUCGCCGAUUUUCAAGGCAGCGGUAAUACAGGUCCUCAAAACCAUAUUUCCUGGGAAUCCGACGUGACGGAGGACAUCGACAAGCUCGCACCAGAAGGGUACCUUCCCUUUGCCAGAGCAUCUGCGUCUGGUGCUGCUGUAUCCUGUGUAAAAGUAUCGCACUCGUAGCAAUCGACGGCGCAGUCAACAUGCAUUUACAAAUCUCCAUCCCAAGGUAAAACAGCAUGACAAACUCCAUUUCUCAUGCUGAGUGAAUUUGUCAUGCGAUUUCUACUAGUACAAUACUUUUGCAAUGCAUAAGCUGGAUCACACAACACUUUCGACCACCAGCUCGCGACGGAACAGCAACUUCGGGAACUCAUGCUCGCGAGAAGAGGAUCCGCAGCGGAGAUUGAGGCGCAGAUCCGGGCGUUACAAGCCGGUGCGGUAAGUGGGAGUUUUGUUCCUGAAGGUGCAGCUAUUAUGGGUCCUUCUGGUAGUCAAGAUCCUGCUGAUCCCACUUCUUCUGCGCCGGAGCAGGUUGUUGCUUCGGGGAUGUUGUUUCAAGAUGAUGAAGACCACCAUGGUGCUGAGAGAGUACUACCAACCACUGGGACCAUCGACGAACACGCGCUGCUGCGGCAAAGAUAUCUCGCUGAACAGAGACAGUACGAACAACAAAUUGACCUCGUCCAGGAGCAGCAGCAACAGCUGCAAGUGCAACAAACUCAGCAAUACACUCCCCCCGCCGGUCCACCGAGACCGCAAUCCGCAUCAAACGUUGCGGCGACGAGGAAAAAGAUGUCGCCGUGGUACCAUCCAGGUCAAGCGAGCGUGUUUGCGCCGCAGCCGGAAUUGCAGGCUGGCUCUGCACAACAACAAUUAUAUCCUGGCACUGAUCCUGGUCCUUCUAUGGGAAGUGCUGCUCAACAUCAAGACCAGAUGUUUGCUGCCGCGAACCCGCAAGCCCAACACGUCGGCGUCGCAGGGGCUCCGUAUAAUAUUAACCCAAUGAAUAACGCAGUUCUGGUCCACCAGCACACUACUAUUAGCCCGCACCUGUUACCUGCUCACCAGGCUUUUCAUCUGCAGCAGCACUCACAACCACCAUUUCUGCCUCCUCAGCAUUCGCAGCCGUGGCCGACGCAUGUAUUUCCAGCUCCCGGGCAACAUCAACAUGCACAACUGCCGUUCAAUCCAAAUGCCCCGCAGCCGCAGCAGAAUUUGUAUCAGCACGGAGUACUAGUGGACCAUCAUCUCCCCGCCCCGGAACAUGCUUCCCCGCCGGAAGUUCCCUAUACCAGUCUGCCCCCGUUGGAAGCCAUUCGGGAGCAGAACUGGACGCAGGAAUCACUCCCUUCUAUGGUGGGGGAAGCCGGUGCGAUGCAGAGCCAGGUGAGCUGCAGUGUGAGUUCUGUGGCACCGGCGGGCGGCCAGAACAGUGGCCUUUCUCCU